AUGUUCGGUGCUCUCCGUCAAUUCUAUGCGAGUUCUCGUUCCACUAAGGCUCACAUUUCUCGUGCAGUAAGUCAUUUACCUCUUGUUCUCUGUAAAUGUUCUUACUUUCAGGCGGUCGAAGACAUUUCCAUUCAUAAUGAACGAAUCCGAUUCGAAGUAAACCUGAAAGUUGGCAAAAAGGUAAUUCUCCCGGUUCUCUUCUUGAACCCGUUAAUAUUCAAUGCAUUUUCAGUACGAACGCCGUGCUCUCGAGGUUCUCCGACGAUCCGAUGAGCGUGGAAAACAAGAAUGGAUUCUGUACGUCGUCAAGAAUGCAGAUUACACCUCGUACGAGUAUUUCCGACUCUCGCACAGCUUCAUCACCCAGUUGUUCAGUAAGACACCAUCUUUUCUCAGGGCCCGGCUGUAAUCCAUUAAUAUUUCAGAUGCCAAAGACUCGAAGUGCACCCUUGUGCUCGUGGAAGACGUGCUCCGUUUCAAGAUGACAAAUCUCUCGGACAAAUGGAGACUCGUCGAGUUUCUCAGAGCCAAUAUUGAAUCUAAAGGUAGAGAAAAAGAAAAGCAGACAUCCUGAUCAAAUUCGUCUUUAUUUCAGCAUCCACGUACGCGGGUUCUCUCGAAUGGUCGCCGUCAUUCAAGCAUACAUCGUCAGUCCGAAUCUUCCUCAAAGACACCACACUCGUCAUUCUCGACAGGAAAACCAAAAAAGUGAUUGCUCACAAGACUCUCCAGUCGUUCGAAAUGGUGGUUUGCAAAGAGAGGGAAGUUUCGUUCGUCUGUAGAACCGACAAAGAAUCCUGCGAAUUUUGGUCCGUGACAUCUGAUAACAUGAUGGAGCUGGCUGCCGAAAUGAGCAAGAUCAUAAAGAAAAAGAGACUGUCAGUGCCGUUCACCUGCAAUAGGAUCCAACCGAGAGAGACUCAACCUGUGCCCAUCUACACGGAUUUCUAA